UCGUACCCUCUCUAUCUCAAUGACUCAAACUCUGUAAUACUGUCGAUUGAUUGAUUCCUCUCACGAGGAGAAACGUUCUGACCUAUAGAUCACUCAGGAUAUAAUCGGAUUCGAGCUGAUUCGCUGCGAAUUAGAACCCUAAAUUCUAGGAAUGAUAAUGCAUUGUCCUGUCUCUUCUUCGUCACUUAGCUUCCACCUGAAUCUUCAAUCGAGCAGUAUCGGAGCAACAAAAGUCUCUGCUCAAGUCAACGCAAGUCAAAGAAAUCACUCCAAGAAACUCACUAAGAAUCUCCGUAAUCCACGCCGCACCAAGCUUCCUCCUGAUUUCGGUGUUAAUCUGUUUCUGAGGAAACCACCAGUUACUGAACCAUUAGCAGAAGAUCAAGAACCAGAAGAGGAGCAAGUGGACGAUACUGAUGUCUGGGAGCCAGAAGAAAUCGAGGCGAUUUCAUCGCUUUUCCAGAAAAGGAUCCCUCAAAAACCCGGGAAACCGAUCCGAGCUAGGCCUUUGCCGCUUCCACAACCUCACAAGUUACGACCUUUGGGUCUUCCAACUCCAAAGCACAACAUCAAAUCAGCUGCAUCGUCUUCUGUAUCGAAGCAAGUGUGUAAAGAUCCAAGCUUUCUCAUCGGUUUAGCUAGAGAGAUCAAAAGCUUGCCUUCUUCUGAUGCUGAUGUCUCUCUUGUUCUCAACAAAUGGGUUAGCUUCUUGCGUAAAGGAUCACUCUCCACGACGAUUCGAGAAUUGGGUCACAUGGGUUUGCCUGAGAGAGCUUUGCAGACUUAUCGUUGGGCUGAGAAGCAUUCUCAUCUGUUCCCGGAUAACCGGAUCCUGGCAUCAACUGUUCAGGUUUUGGCCAAGCACCACGAGCUGAAACUUCUUAAAUUCGACAAUAGUUUGGCUAGCAAGAACGUUAUCGAAGCAAUGAUCAAAGGGUGCAUCGAAGGUGGAUGGCUGAAUCUAGCACGGAAGCUUAUACUGAUCGCAAAGAGCAACAAUCGUAUACUCGACUCGAGUGUUUACGUGAAGAUGAUUGUGGAAAUAGCUAAAAACCCUGACAAAUACCAUCUCGUUGUUCCACUUCUCGACGAGCUGAAAGAAAGAGAAGACUUGAGAUUGAGCCAACAAGACUGCACAAGUGUUAUGAAGAUCUGUGUGAAACUGGGAAGAUUCGAGCUCGUUGAAUGUCUCUUUGACUGGUUUAAAGAAUCGAACAGAGAACCGAGCGUUGUGAUGUACACUACGAUGAUACAUAGCCGGUGUUCGGAAGAGAAAUACCGGGAGGCGAUGAGUAUGGUUUGGGAGAUGGAGGAAUCUAACUGUCUUCUUGAUCUUCCAGCUUAUAGAGUAGUCAUUAAACUGUUUGUGGCAUUGGAUGAUUUGGGAAGAGCAAUGAGGUAUUACUCGAAACUCAAGGAAGCUGGAUUCUCUCCAACGUAUGAUAUUUAUCGAGAUAUGAUUAGUGUAUAUAUUGCUUCCGGGCGAUUUACAAAGUGUAAAGAGAUAUGUAAAGAGGUUGAAGAUGCUGGAUUGAGGUUGGAUAGUGACACUUCAUUUAGGUUGUUGCAGCUCGAAAAGCAAGUAAUGUCUCUUCAAGUAUAAACACUUUGCACUGAAGAGAAAGUUCCAGUUUUGUUUUCU